UUACCGUUGAAUCGAGAACUGUUGAGCUUGACGGCAGCGAGAGAAAGCUCCUCGCAAGCAGACACACAAAGGGAGUGGAAGGACCUGCAGCAAUGGGAAUCAAACUGUACUACACCACCGUUACUGCCUCUCGGACGGUGAAGUCUCAACAGGCAGAAGUGAUACGAAUCCUUGACAGUAAAAGCAUCCAGUACGAGCUCGUCGACAUCUCUGUGGGCGGGGAGCUUCGUGAUGAAAUGAGAAGCAAAGCGGGGAACCCCACAGCAGUCCCUCCCCAGCUUUUCAAUGAAGACCAAUACUGUGGGAACUAUGAAAUGUUUUCUGAGGCGGUGGAAGCAGAUACAGUGGAACAAUUUCUGAAACUGGCGUGAGAAGGGCAGAGUGUAGUGGUCCAUCUUAACCCCAUUCCCCCAAACACCUACCCACCCACCCUGCGCCCUAACGGAGGCCCUUUACCCAGUCUCUCUCUGCACCACCGACAGUGUCCACUCACUUUCAAUGCCAUAAUGAAGAAUGCCAAAUAUCUCGUAUUCAACUAAUCAGAAGACACACAUUCCCCCUACUGCACCAUUUGACUCUUUAUCAGUCUUAAUCUGUUUUGUUUUUAUGUGUUUUUUUUCUGUUCUUUCUUUUGAUUUCUCUCAGACGUUUCCCCGUCUGACAGACUAGUGUUACUGAGUCCUCCUAGUCCACUAGGAAUCAAUAGGGUGUCUAAAUGUGCUGUAAUUAGGUCGACUAAUCUUGGCUGCAGCCACAUGAUCGCUGGAGAUUAAACUAAUCCACUGGAUGACAACAUUCAACCCAGAAUCUUCCUGAUCCUCUGCAGACCAAACACACCAUCAUCACUCAGUCUUAACUACUUUGUUGUCUUUUUCUGUAGCCUUCAAGUUCCCAUGUUUUACAUGACUGCACACUCUUUGUACUUCACAUGGAUGCAAAUGCACACGGAAGUAGCAGGACUGUAAUGUCCUUAAAUCUAAUUAAUUAAGAAUUAUAGCAGCUAAAGGACGCCAGAAAACCUUUUGUAAUUGUGGUCCAUUGGUCACCUUAUGCAAGCUACGACAAGAGGGUUGAUUCUGAAAUGGGAAACCACUAGAGUCCAACGCUAUUCCGACCUGCUUUGAGGGGAGUGACGAUGACACCAGAGUGGCAAGAAAGUGUGUUUUUGGACAGAUAUUGAAAAUACUUUCAUGAAACUAGUACUACACAUUAAAUUACCCUGUGGCAUUUUUGUUUGUUAACAAACAAAAGUUAUGUUUACAUUCUCAACAAAACACGUUUUCUUGAGAUGUUGCGUGCAUAUCCUUCCUUACAUGUGCAACAUCGUGCAUCAGUUUACAUCCAUGUUUGCUAGCUUGCAGUCUUCUUCCUCUUUGUCUUUUUGAACACAUCGCUACUCUUCACUGCCACCAACUGUUGAUCUGAACAAUGUGAAACCGGUGGCAGGAGUGUUAAACGCCUGUGUGCACAACACCAACGAAACAGGGAUCCGCUCAUUCAAACGUUGCUCCAUAGCGCUACUAGUGGUGGAAAAGUUGGAGAGAAAGAUAACCAGCUGAUAAGUUGGUGAAACCUAUAGAUAAUGAAAGGCAGUAUAAAUAGAUUCUGUAUUUUGGCAAUAUUUCCCCUAUCGACAGUAACUUUUGAACAAAUUUUGAUAUGGGGACGUGGUUGACAAUGAAAUCAGUGUACGCUGCCGUCGGCCACAGUGUUUUUUUUUUUUUAAUGAUACAACCACCAAGGGGAACCUCAGAAAUCUGUCAGCAGUCUAAAAUGAUAAAAUCUUGCACAACACCCAUUUAUAGUUUCAGGAAGUUUAGGGAGCUGUGGGGGUGUUCAGACACUGCAAUUGAAACUUACACUCUGUGUAGUUAAAAAAAAAAAAAAGGAUUCAGUAUUUCUCUACCAAAGUUUUAUUCAGAGUGGAAACAUUUAGACCUUCGUGUGAAGAAAUGGAAUUGACAGGAAGCAUAACUUAACAAGUAAAAUAAAUAAACACGAAAAAUCCAAAUAAUCAGACCAUUUUACACACUUUUGGCAUUUGGUCAACCUUUUUCUAAGAGGGGUAGGUUUCACAUGGGAUUCGCAACCUCAGUAUUUUUGCUAAAAUCCUGGCUACGCCCCUGUUGGUGUUUAGUAUCAAAACAUGUUUAAUUUCACUCAUUAGGGAUGCUAUACUGGUCACCAAUGGGCCAAACGUAUUAAAAGGGUUGGUAUACUCCUUUAAAAAAUCAGUGGUAAAACAUUUCAGUAGUUAGCUGCUUAAUUUUAGCAUCCAGUGGAGCAAGAGCAGGAUGAACACAUUUCUUAAUGUCACAUUUGGUGCCAAUGUAUAUCUAUUGCGCUUCUGCAGGUGGAUAUUCACUGUAGUAUUAACACCUUCCUGCCAUCUUCCACGUUUUCCAUAAUCUGUAUAACUUGAAAGCUUUGUUCCUCGCACCAAUAGGUGCUCUGUAUUGUUGACUGACAGGUCAAAAAGACACCAAACAUUUAGAAGGAAGAAUUUCAUGUAGAUUGUAAAUGAUAUGACUGGAAAGAUGUGAAUCUUCUAGGUUUCAACCACGUAGCUUUUCUUUCCUUUGUUUAUUUUAUGUUACAGUUUCACUGAUUGUCCUGGGCAUGAAGAUGCAGUAAUGUGACUAUGCACUGAAACCCUGCCUCAUUCUGAACACAGACAUUAAGGUCAAAGCUGGUGUGUUUGACCUGACUCAGUCUUAUUAACCUUGGGGAACACUCACCACAUGGGAAAAAUGAAGGCUUCACUUAUUUGUGCUUUUACGUAUGUGCAUUCAUUCCGUUAAAUGAUCUCAGUUGAAAUAUAAUGUUCAUGUCUUUUUUCUGAAAUUGAGAACAACAUAGUUUCCCCUGUCAAACCGCCUCAGCUUUCAAGAUUGUGUUGUUACGGUUUGGGAUCCUAGUAAUGACAGCCUUCACACACAAUGUUUGUGCACUGUUUUGUAAGUGGAUGGUUGUAGAUGUUUGCCUGCUAUCGAUGUAUAUUCACUAUCAACCAUAUUUUAGACAUUCCAUGUCUCUCUCUCUGAGCUCCUGCUUUGCUUUUGGACCAAUUCCCCUUGGCCAAAAAAAAGAAGAAAAUAGGGAAUAAAAUGCUGUUGUCUUCCAAGAAGAUUGUGAAAAGUGAUUUAUGGGUGAAAAAAAA